UGGGAGGCCCGUAUAGGCGUGGAAAAGUUUAUGAUGGGUACGGAUAUAAUCAUUCCUGCUUUUGAUUCUGACAACAGUUUACCUUUAUUCGUGGAUUCGAGCUCAAUAACAGUGAUGAGUGCGCGCAUCACUGAUCUGUGAAAUCCAGAAGUUUCCUGUAGUUACCCGGACAGAGAGGGUAGCUGCAUUCGAUACAGGAUGACUUUCUCGGCGAAUACGAUCUCCUACAGGAACAUCUUCCUUCAAGACAAAACUAUUGAGCUGAACAAAGCCGUAAAUUCGGGCGAUCGGCAGCUCGUUCAGACCCUGCUGUCCGUCGACAAGCUCGACGUCAAUUUCACUCCAAAUGGUCGCGACACCUACCUACACACAGCCAUCGCGCGACGCGACCUGGCCAUGGUCCAGCUAUUGGUCAUGUUCAAGGCGGACUUGAAUCCACUCCUGCCAGCCCGUGACGCGAUCUCGCCACUUUGGAUGGCAAUGCUUCACUCCUACGACGAAAUAAGCGAGUUUCUGGUGCGAGCUGGAGCCGACAUCAACGAACGUUUCAGGUUACAGUUUUGCGGAAAAAAACGCAAUUACACCAUUAACGGCAUUAACGGGGGCAAGACCUCACUGCUGCACUUGGCCGUUGCUCGCAACCACGAGGCUCACGUCAAACUGUUCCUCGACUACGGGGCCGACGUCAACUACCAGGACACCUUCGGCAAUGAGAGCGCCUUGCAGUGCGCCGUUUUUCGAAAAUUCAUCUCGCUGGCGACUAUCCUCAUCUACAGGGGCGCAAACCUGGAGAGCGCCAACGUCGACGGCAUGACCAGUCUGCACACAGCGCUGAUCAUCGGAGACGUGGAUCUCAUCAAGAUGCUCAUACAGCGCGGCGCCAACGUGAAGGCCGUCGACAAGAGCGGCAAAACUGCACUCCACUUUAUCGCGGAGUCCAACGUGGAGAACAUAGAAAUCGCCGAGCAACUUUUGCAUAUGGGCUUGAGGAUCAAUCAAAAGGAGUUCAAACGCAACUUGGGACCGCUACACGUCGCACUUCUCACCGGAAAGGAUAAGCUGGUGAAACUGUUUGUGCGGCACGGAGCCGACGUGACGGCAAAAAUAUCCAACGGCGUCUCUCCACUCAGCCUCGCCAACUUAUGCUGCAGCGCUAAGACCAUGAGACUCAUGAUUGCCAGGGGAGCAAAUGUCAACGACAAAACAGACGAUGGCGGAACGACGCUUCACGUGGCUGCGCGACGCAAUUCAGCCGAGAAAGUCAGGGUUCUAUUGCGAUGCGGUGCCAACAUCAACAGCCUCGACUUGAGAGGCAGCACCCCUUUGGGCUGGCUGGAAAACUUCCACAGCGAUGUAGCGAAGGUCUUGGUUAAGCAGAUCGCCAUCAUGCACGCAAGGGGCGCGUUCAUCGAACUAAGCACGAUGGAAGUGAUUUGGGCGAUCGUGCCGCUGAUGGAGCACUUCAACCAGUGCCUCGCGGAAUUGAAAUUCAUCGAAAAGAAGCCGUUCUACCUCAGAUACACGCUGCGCACCGUGCUCGACGAGCGCCCGAUGAAAUUGGCAGCCUUGACGAGGAACAGCGACUUUGUCCUCGGUUUCCAGUCGAUCAAGCUCAAGCUUGAGGUUCCGAAUUUCGCAAGGGAGAUCUGCAUCAAGUUUAUGUGUGCCCUCUUACUGAAGUACCUACUAAGUAGCAUGGAGGAGCACCUGAACAGGGUAUUUUAUGACUCGCUGCCAGAACCCAUUAUUCAGGCUAUAGCUUAUCACAUGAAUACGCAAGAUAUUCCGUAUUUGGUCGAGCGUCUGGUGAGAGCCAUAAGACAAGUGCAGGAGAAAGCGCGACGAGCUCGUCGAGAAUUAGCGACCGAGGAAACUACUGGUCCUGCUGAAUAGGCGAGUUAAUAGAGAGCUUCGGCGCGUCUUGGUGCGCCUGUUCACUCCAACCGACGGUUGUAACAGAACGUGUAGAGUAUCGCACGUUGCUUGAGAAGUGAGACACAAAACGAACGUUACUAUAACAGUAAACUAAUGGUCUCAGAUGAAAUAUUGUUUAUUACCCAUAUGUGGUAUUAAUACACACGCUAUAUAUAUAUAUAUAUAUUAUUUGUACGCAUAAUGGUGAACAAGAGUAAUCAUGAAUAAUCGUAAUAUGCUAUUACAAACUUAACUAUUUUUACAUGUAUGACUGAUUAAUAUUUUUAUACGAUCGAUUCAUUCACCAAGCCUUGAUAAAUAAACAUGCAAUUUUUGUCACUUCAGAA